GUGCGUCAAUUCAGAAUCGACGAGAAAGGAGCUGUUGUUUCUCGUGGAGACUCUUUCAGACGAAAACGAAACGAAGCCAGCCUUAAAAAUGACAAAUCCCCAUCACCGUAUCCGAUCUCUGGAUCGGAUUCGGCUCGAGGGUCUCGUAGUGAGAGCGUGUCGUCGAGUGAGGAUUCACGACGAGAAAUUGCUGCCACUGCCAACGUCAACGCUGUUUUUAACACAGAUCCGUCUACCAGUCACAAGGCUUACAAGAUAAGCGUAGUUGGCGACACAGGCACCGGAAAGUCGUCGCUCAUUGGUCAACUGAUUACCUCGGAGUACAAGAAUGCAUUCGCCGACGAAAUUCAAGACUACGAAAAUACCGUAUCAAUUUGCAUUGGUGGGCCAGGAAUUGGAUUUGAUAUUCUUCGAGAAGCGAAUUGUCAGGCGCAUUGGCGAAAAAAUUUUUCACUCGCGAAGACAUCGCUUGACUCCGACCCGACUUGGAUCUCCGAAGAAGUGGAUGCAUUCGUUGUAGUCUAUAGUAUUGAUUCGCGAAGAAGUUGGAAACAAGCAACGACAGCGAUUGAGAUGAUCAGGAGAGACUUCCCGCUGCAAGAAUUCGCCGAUACUUGUCGCCGGCAACAAGGCCGACUUGGAACGAAAGCGAACUGUAACGAAGAG